ACCACACCUCUUCACUUCUCGCUCUCUCUCUCUCUCUCCCUCUCUCCCUCGCAACACUCCCUGCUUCUCCCUAUUUCCUCCUCUUCGCUUUCUCUCUUCCAGCGAUGAAGCAGCUCAUCAGACGUCUUUCCCGAGUGGCCGAUUCCUCGCAGUACUGUCUUCUCCGUUCGGAAUCAAGAACCGCCUCCCGAAAUCGCCGGUGCGAAUCUUUCAGAAACACCAGAGAUCGUCGAUCAGGCGUUCCUCAAGGGCAUCUACCUGUGUUCGUCGGUGAAGAGAUGGAGCGAUUCGUGGUCAGUGCUGAGUUCUUGCAUCACCCGAUCUUCGUGGAACUACUCAAGAAAUCAGCUCAAGAGUAUGGUUAUGAACAGAAAGGCGUGCUUAGGAUCCCCUGUGGUGUCCUCGUCUUUAAACGAGUUCUUGAAGCGUUAAAAGAUGGAAGUGAAACUAGAGACUUUGAAGAGCUCCUCCGCGCUUUCUCUACUGAUUUCAUCUAAUCUUCUCUCUCUCUCUCUUUUGCUCAUCUUUUUUUGUUUUCUUUGUUUAAUUUCCCCCUUUGUCUUUUCCGGAGAUCAGAUCUUUGUGUGUAUAUACUCUCCGGCCAUGAAAAGGAGGUAGUGAAAUUAGGGCUUUUAGGGGGUUUUUUUUUUUCCUUUUCUUUCUGUGAAGCUGUUUCUUGAUGGUGUAGUAGGUUUUACUGUAAAGAUCAAAUUCUACAAGAACAGAAAUCCAGAUUACUAGUUUGCCCUAA